AUGGACAGCAGUUUAUAUGAUGAAAAUGAUAAUCUCGGGUUUGAGUGCGAUGAAGAGGAGUAUGAUUCUGACUUCGUUGAGCCGUCCGACGACGAAGACUUAGAAAUUUCGCAAACAGAUAUCGAAAGUGAUCGUCUGCUAGUCAAACAUAUCCGAGCUGAAGAUGUCGUCAAAGAAAUGAACAUUGAAAUUGAAAAGGCUCGAGGCGUGAUAGAGCGGUCGUAUACUAGUACUCGCCUCUUGCUCUCCUCUUACAACUGGGAUGCUCAGAAGUGCAUUGAUCACUACUUCGCCAAUCAGGCUGGAGUUUCGAGUGAUACCGAAGCAAGGCAGAAUUCACCUAAAGUCAAGAAAAUGAUAUUCGGUUUUGAUGUCGCUCAAAGUCCACAGACACAUUUUCUAACGGUCAACUAUAAUAGUGACCUGGUGCUAUCCCCACUUCCACAAGAUAAUUCAGCCGAACAACAGCAGUCAUCCGACCGAGUGUUCUGUCCCGAAAGCGACUGCAAGAAUGUCAUUGAUGAUGACUUGAUAAUAAAGUUGCUUGAGGGAAAAACGAAGGCGGUUCAGCAGUAUAAUCAGUUAAUGGCAAACAAUUUUGUCCAGGGCAACCGAUUGAUGCGCUGGUGUUCGUCGCCGGAGUGCACUUAUGCAAUGAAAGCAGACCAAACACUGAUGAAGAAGGCGGAGUGUGUGUGUGGAAAGGUGAUCUGCUUUAAGUGUGGCAGAGACUGGCACGAUCCAAUGCAGUGUCACUUGCUGGACAAGUGGAUGCUAAAGUACACGACAGACAGCGAGAAUGCACAGUACAUAGUUGCAAACACCAAGCCGUGUCCAAAGUGCAAGGUGUCAAUUGAGAAGAACGGCGGCUGCAAUCACAUGACGUGCAAGACAUGCAGCCAUCACUUCUGCUGGAUCUGCAUGGAAGAAUGGGAGAAGCAUGGUCAGAACUGGUACAACUGCACCCGAUACACAGACGACCAAGCCAACACAGAACACAUCAAUUUGAAGGAGCACGUGAAAGCAAAGGUUCAAUCAAUGACCAAUGACUGUCGCUUGUCUUACGUCGACACGAAGUUCCUUGAAGCGGCCGUCCAAGUUUUACACGAGUGUCGAAGCGUGUUAGCCUUCACUUAUGCUUUCGCCUACUAUCUCUCCCCAAAUAAUCAGAAGAGUAUUCUGGAAGAUAACCAGAAGGACCUUGAGUUGGUGACAGAGGACUUGACUGCAGACUUGGAGCGGGAUCUGUCCGAGAAUCCUUUCAAAGACGGAAGAGACGCGAUCGAGUAUAAAAACAAAGUGCAGAACUUCACUAACUACUGCAGCAGUCGGGCUAAGAAGCUACUGGAACACGUGAAGGAGGGCUACGAUCAGCAACUGUGGGAGUACGACCAAUCUCUUCUGGGCGAAAAAGUGUCCCCUCGAUAA